UAUUUCUCUUUUCUUUUAUUCUCUAUCUCUCUCUCUCACUCCCCGACUUCUUCUUCCUCCUUUUUUCUCUCGCGUGAAUAGUAACUCAGCCAUGUUUAGUGGUUUUUCUGGUGCCAUCCAACCUCGAUUUCCAGUGUGACCUCCACGAGAAAUGUUCCUCUCUUCCUCCUCUACUUAGCCCAGUGGUUAAUCGACGCCAACAACUGAGGAUUUCUCCGAUUUAACGAAAAAUAGCUCCGGUGGUUCUUAGAGUUUUUCCGGCGAUUCCGGUCACGGAAUCCGUCGAAUAAGAAAGAAAGAGAUGGAUGCUCAACAUUCCAGUAGUAGCCAUCCAUCAAAACUUGAACAUUUCAGUCACAGCCAUGAAUUGAUGUUCAAAGAAGAACAGAAAGAGAAAAAUUAUGAUGACGAAGUAGUUUUUUGCAAUGCGUGCGAGGAGCCAGUGUUUGGCCCUAGAUAUAGUUGCAACACAUGUGUCGACCCCAAUUCCACCUUCAUCCUCCAUAAAUCAUGUGCGGAGGAGUUAUCCUGCGAGAUUGAGCACCCGAUUCACAGGCACCAACUGAAAUUCGAAUGUAAAACAGAGCCUUCCGCGGUACUUUUCACUUGUAACGCCUGCCACCAACCUUGCAGAUUAGCCUACGCUUGUUCCCCAUGUAAUCUCGCCCUUGACCUCAAAUGUGCCUCCAAUUGGCGCCACAUUCUUGACAGGAAAAAGCCCCACGUGCAUCAAUUCAGCGUCCUUCGGAAAGGAAAUCCAUUUGAUUGUGAGGUCUGUGGCACAAGUCAGGAUUCACUCCCCUACCUUUGUACCAUCUGCCACCUCUUGGUCGGUAAGGAAUGCACACAAUCACUACCACACUUCAUCUUAAUUAUCUCGCACCAACACCCUCUCAGGCUCAUCUGGUUCCUUGAAAAAGAUUACCCGAAUUACCAAAUUUGUAAAAUCUGUUAUAAAAGCAUGGACAGAAGUCGCGCUGUUUAUCAAUGUGAACUUUGUGAUUACGUUGCCCACACUCUAUGCUCCUAUAGAGUGUGCAAAGGAACCUGCACCCAUGAUGACUACCAAGAUUAUCUGCGACCAAGGCGCAAGACUAAGCUGUUUAAUAUGUUUCUUGGAAUGAAUAUACUUCGGAGACACAAAUUGAAAUUACGUGAGAUAAAUCCAAGUGAGCGAGUUGGGGAGCGGGGGCUCAAGCACAUCUGUCACGAUCAUAUCUUAACCCUCAUUGAUGAGCUUAGAGAUAAUGAUGCAAUUACUUGUAACGGUUGCAUGAGGCCCAUCACCAUCAGUACCGGUAAAUUUUAUUGUUGUACACAAGAUUGCCUUUUUUUUCUCCACAAAAGAUGUGCUCGAUUACGUGAAAAACAGCUUCACUCAUUUCAUCCACACGAGCUCCAACUCCUCGCAAAAGCUUAUACAUUUGACGGACUAUUUAACUGUCAUAUGUGCCACAGCUUGAGCCAAGGCUUCUGUUUAUAUUGUGAAGGAUGCGACAUAUACCUGGACCUCCAAUGCAUGUCUAUUUCUAACCCUCUUCGUAGACUUAAGGUUCAUGGACACAGCCUCGACUUGAACUUUGGUUCAAGCGAGGACCAUUGCAGGGGUUGUGGUAUUUGUCUUGCGGAUUUGCGCUUCAGUUGCUUCAAAUGCAAGUUUCAUUUGUGCAUUCCAUGUGUUAAACUACCGCAUACUGCUAGGUACAAAUACCAGGAUGAUCAUCUCAAGCUCACCUACCAUUCCGUUGAAAAUGAACUAGGUGAAUAUUACUGCGACAUAUGCGAAGGAGAACGAGAUCCAACACAUUGGUUCUACAAGUCCGAACAUUGUGACUUUGAAUGCCAUCCUCAUUGCAUUCUAGGGCGGCAUCCGCAAGUUAAGUUAGGGAGCAGUUACAAGCUUGAUGCUCACCCACACAUUGUCACUACUGUUGAUAAGAGAAAGAGUGUCAUUCCUUUUGAUAAGAGAGAGAGCAUUCUUCCUUGCCACGGCUGUGGUGAACCUUGCGAAGGAUUGGUGUUUGAAUGUUGUGUGUGUAAUAAAGAUUAUCACCGAAAAGAAACUUGUUUGAGUCACUACAACACAAGUGCUGGGGUUGCACGUCCGUGCUAAGACGACAAGCACAAAAGGAAUCUAUUUGUGGCCAAUGGAUCGCACAAAAGGAAUCUAUUUGUGAUUGUGGCCGAUAUUAAAUUAAUAUUGAUAUCCACUUCCGUACUUGUAAGCUGUAACCUCAAGGAAUAAAUGUAAGUUGUAAUAACUUUGCCCUCUCUGUUUUGGUCCUUUGGUUUGGUCACACUAACUACAAGAAAAAAGGUCAGUAGUGACCAAUUUCCUUGUGACCACAUGAAUAAUGGUCACAAAUAUAGUAAAUUUAAUGACUAAUAAUAAUACAUGGUCACUAAAAUAAUUUAUCCCUAUUUUUUAAUUUUUAAUGACCAAAUUUUCUGACCAUUAUUUAAAUUAGUCACUAAAAACAACUUAAGUUAUAUAGUUAGUGACGAACGCAUAUGCCAAGAUAGCCUUACUUUUCUCAUUUAAUACAUCAGUGACCAAUUAACUUUUUUUUAUUUUUAUUUUUUCAAAACGUGCUCGCGUGGGGUGUACCGCAUCAAAAGGAAAACAAAAAAGACGAAACAAGUCGAGCGAAAUCCGAACGAGACCAGCGCGAGCUCAGAGUGAGAGAGACGCGAGCGAGAGACCAGCGCGAGCGAGACCAUCUUCUUCAUCGAGCGAGCGUCCUCUUUGUGGUCCUUUUCGUCUCUGUGGUUUCGAUUUCUAGGUUUUCUCCCAAUAUCAUAAGUUUUGAUUUUGAGAAACGACCUUGAGGCUAGUGAGAUCUUUUCUGAAAUCAACUUUUGAGACUAUCAGCUUCUCUGGUGGAUGGAAGUGAUGGCUCCUGUUUUCUCGAGAGCUGCCUGGCGCUGUGUAUGGCAUAUGAUCCAGAAUGACUUGAUUCAUGCAUGGGGUGGAUAUGCAGC